AUGGACAGCAGCAGUAAAUGGGAGAUCCAGCGUGGCAGAAGAGAGUCCCUGCAACAACGCAACGCACUGCUCACAAUGAGACUCACAAACAGUCCUCAGAAGACUAACGUCAAGAAGAGGGCCCCAUGGAGGGGAUCCAUGAACAGUGGCUCCAAUGGCAAAACCAUCAGCAGAACUCCAACAACAACAACAACAAGAAUUCCCUCACCCGCUAAAAAAUACGGCAGGAUGUUGAACGUUUCGCCCCCCAAACCGUUAUCGCUGGACGAUUUCGAAAUUGGGAAGAAAUUGGGGAAGGGCAAAUUCGGGAAAGUUUAUUGUGUGAGGCAUAAGGAGACCGGUUUCAUUUGUGCCUUGAAAGUGAUGGAUAAGGCGGAGAUUGUUCAAUAUAAUUUACAGAAGCAAUUUAGAAGAGAAGUGGAGAUACAAACAAGUUUGAAUCAUCCCAAUUUGACCAAGUUAUACGGACAUUUCCAUGAUGAGAAAAGAGUGUAUCUGUUGAUGGAAUAUUUGGUAUAUGGCGAACUUUAUAAAUUGUUAAGGUCACAUGGGCCCUUUAAUGAUGUAAUCGCAUCGAGGUUCGUGUUCCAGAUCGCUGAUGCAUUAAACUAUUUACACGAUAAACAGAUCAUUCACAGAGAUUUGAAACCGGAAAAUAUACUCAUUGGGUUUAAUAACGUUAUUAAAUUGACAGAUUUUGGUUGGAGUAUUAUAAAUCCAAGGGGUGUCAAGAGGAAAACAUUGUGUGGAACCAUAGAUUAUUUAUCUCCAGAGAUGAUAAGAUCAAGAGAAUAUGACGAUAAAGUAGAUGUAUGGGCCCUAGGGGUACUCACUUAUGAAUUAAUCGUUGGAUCUCCACCUUUCGAAGAAGAUACAAAGGAAUUAACAUACAAGAGAAUCUUGAAGAAUGAUAUAAAGUUCCCUGAAACAGUAUCACAUGAUGUCAAAGAUUUAAUUAGUAAAUUAUUAAAAUAUAAUCCAUCAGAGAGAAUUUCCAUGAGAGACGUAAUGAAACAUCCUUGGAUUAUCCGCAACAAACCAUUCUGGUAA